AUGGCACGCAAUUCCUUUGCCGUGACCGCGGUCGCCGUUUUGGCGGUCGUCGGCGUGGGCAGAUCGCAGCCGCCCCGCGCCGCGCCCAAUGCGGUCGAGCACGAGAUGCCGCAGCCGAGCAUGGCCGGCAACUCCUGGGCUGCACCUUUGCUGAGCUUCGGCGCCGCCUUGGGUCUGAUCUUCGGCGUCGUGGCCGCCAAGCCCGCCCGCGCCAUCACAGCGGAGCAGUUCAGCCAGCUUACCUACGCACAGGUGAAGGGCUCCGGCUUGGCCAACCGCUGCCCCACCGUCGAGUCCAACGGCACGGAGGUCCCCGUGAAGGGCGGGUCUCGGCUCGUGAACGUGUGCUUCGAGCCGAAGUCCUUCGCAGUGGAGUUCGAGACUGACAAGGGCAAGGAGUUCACCUACACCCUGGCCUUCAUCGAGGGCAGCCUGGAUGCCAACCCCAUCACCUUCAAGGAGCAGGACGGCAUGGACUUCGCGGCCACCACCGUGAAGCUGCCGGACGGCGAGUACGUGCCCUUCCUCUUCACCGUGAAGGAGCUGGUGGCCAAGGGCGAGGGCAGCUCCUUCAAGCCGGGCUUCACCUGGGGUGGCGAGUUCAGCGUCCCCUCCUACCGAACCGGUGGUUUCCUUGCCGUGGCCCUGCCGGCCAUGCAGUCCGAUGGUCAGGGCGGCCAGGACGAGCUCUUCAAGGAGACAAACAAGGUCUUCGACCUCGGCAAGGGCGUCAUCGAGAUGGAG